UUCCAAUAUAAGGACUGAAUGGUACAGAUAAGGACUGCAUGAAAUUUAGGCAAUACUAUUUUCAGUUAACCUAUUUGAAUUAUAAUAAACUGACAUUUUAAACCUUUUGUCAAAUUUUUAAGUUAUAUACUAUCUUACUUACUAUGAAGCGAACGAUUUUCGAAGCUUUUCCUUUAAAUAACCAUGAAGAAAACCAGGCACCUAAGAAACGGAAACCAUCAACGUCUGAUUUAAUAAGCAGUCCCAGCAACACUUUACAUUUUAGUGAUAUACCUGACGAAGUAAUGGUUAAAAUAUUUUCGUAUUUUUCGAUAUUCGAAUUGUAUUACACCAUUAGAUUGGUGUGUGAAAGAUGGCAUGGUUUAGCAAUGGAUUACAAACUGUGGAAAGUAAUAAGUAUACCAGAUGAUACACCUUUUGACGACGUUAGACUGUGGUUAAAAUCGGCAUUAAAAUUGAAAUAUUUAACAAUUUAUUACAGGACCGACAUUGAAAAAAUAUUACUACAGGUGCGAAUAAAUUGUAUGGAGUUGCAAGUAUUAGAAAUAAUCAAUUUUAUAGUCCCACAUCAAAAGACAAUUAGUACCAAUUUAUUACGCAAUUUGCUGUCGAAAUGCCAGAAAUUGAAAAUAAUAUCAUUUUUUGGAUCCGGAUCUCCAAACCGAUUUUUCUUCCGUGCAAUAGUACGUAAAAAUAAUGGACAUAUCAAAAGGCAAGUGUACACUGAACCUCUAAGUAUAAAGCGAUUACUACGUUUGUUAAGUUCACUUCAAGGUCAGCAUUCUGCAGAUUAUAAACAUUUUAAGGAUAUACGAACGUUUCAUUCUCGUUUGUAUCUAAUAGGAUGUAAAUGGAAAUCCAACACUUAUCCCAAAAAUUACUUAAAUGUUCUCAGAAACUUAAUAAAGUUUACAGUCCUAUAAUUCCCUUGAUACGUCACUUUACUUUUAAUAUUGUGAAACCUAUUAUGUAACUACACGUUCUGAAGAAUAAAAUGCUAAUUACAUCAUA